GAGCUGCGGCCGCCCGUUGUCCGCCGAGGCGGCAUGGAGCUGGCCGGGCCUGGCGGCUGAGCUCGAGAGCGCGACCGCUGCGGAGACCUCCCGUCCCGGAGGUGUGGUUGUCCGUGACCGCUGAGAGGUGGGCGCCCGGGCCGCGAUGGGGCGGAGGCGUCUGCCGACCUGGGUCUUGCUGCUGCUGCUGCUGCUGCUGCUCGGGACGGCCCCCGGGGCCUCUCCGCAGGAGGAUCCGACGGACUGGAGGGCCACGCUCAAGACGAUCCGCAACGGCGUGCACCGCAUAGACACGUACCUGAACGCGGCUCUGGACCUGCUGGGCGGCGAGGACGGGCUGUGCCAGUACAAGUGCGCCGACGGAUCUAAACCUACCCCUCGCUAUGGAUAUAAACCUUCACCUCCAAAUGGAUGUGGCUCUCCAGUGUUUGGUGUUCAUCUUAACAUCGGCAUACCUUCAGUAACGAAGUGCUGCAAUCAUCAUGACAGGUGCUAUGAGACCUGCGGCAGCACCAAGAAUGACUGUGAUGAGCAGUUUCAGUAUUGCCUCUCCAAGAUCUGCCGGGAAGUACAGAAAACACUGGGACUGGCCCAGAAUGUGCAAGCUUGUGAAUCGGCGAUGGAGCUCCUGUUCGAUGGAGUUAUACACUUAGGCUGUAAGCCCUACCUGGACAGCCAGAGAGCUGCCUGUAAGUGCCGCUAUGAGGAGAAAACUGACCUUUAAAAGAGGCUUCUGAGCAGCAGCACCUGCAGCUAAAGGAGAGCCCCACUGUGGACAGAAGAUCCACCAUGUCAUGACCAGGGGAAACUGCCUGCUUUUUGUCAGUGGCUUUUUUAGAAGAAUUCGAAGGUUUGUCUUGCCAUUAAAACCUCAGCUGUUUGGAGAGAGGCCGCACUGUCCUGGGCUUGACAGGCUAUGGGGCCGUGGGCAAGUUAAGCCUGACCUGCUCUGUGGCUGUGAGCAAGUUAUUUCACCUGAGCCUUGAUUUCCUCGCCUGGGAAAUGAUAAUAUUUCCAGUGCCUUCUUCAUGAGCCUUUUGUGAGGAAAGUGCUUGGUGAACCCUCACAGCACUAUUGUUGUUGUGAAUUAUUUUCAUGCAUAUGCCCUCAAAUUGCAAAUGACUUCUUAUAAAAAUGUAUAUUCAGCUCAUGUAUAUUACUGUUAUUGCCUUAUUGUGCCAAACUACUGUGACAAAAAGCGAGAUAUAGUGUAUACUAACUGAAACUUAGAAAAACAGAGCAGGUAACUUCGAAUUCUUUGGCAACCAUAUUCCCCACCCCCUUGAAAAAGUAGGUCAAAUUUAAAAGUUCAGUAUAACUUACAUGAGAAAAAGAGAAAAACCUUACUUUGGAACAAGAUUAAUUUACUAGGAAACCUUAAAUAUUUGCAUUUUGAUGCUUUGAAGGAGCUAAAGGUAUUGUUUUUUCUUUCAUUAAAUGUAUGUCAUCUGUUCCCUUUUGUAAUAUAUUUAGCAUAUUAACCAAACCAUGCCACACACAGUAAAAGCACAUUUAGGCUCAGGGACAAGUUUUUCAUAUUUCUAGUGCAUAUCUGCUUCUCUUGUAAGAUUGAAAGUGUAAACAGGUAUACAAGUUUAAGCAUUAUCCACCCAAGAUACAAGAAUAACACUUUAUCUAACAAGAACAUGAAGCACAGCCAUUCAUAUCUGUUGAAUUACUUCUUUUAAGAAUGUUAAAUGUAAAUGUCUAUUUUUCUAAACAUACUUUGCAUGUUGUCUAGAUGUCUAGUUUGGAGAGAGAAUGGAUUCUGGUGGGUUUAAUGAUUAAGUUGUUUGUGAUAAUAUACUUUCCUUAUAUAAAGCCACAUUAUAAAUUU